AGCCCCGCCCAUUUAGCGUCACCGGAAGUUGGUCCUCACCGCGUAACUUCCGACCGGAACACGGAACAGUAGCGUGAACUCUGAAUAAAUGAAUGCACUGCAGCUGCAAAUGAAACCGUAUUUUAACGUUUGCUGUCUUGAGGAGAUGAAGAGCUAAUCAUACUGAUGCUUAAGGUCUAUUGAAGCGGAGCAGUAGGUUAUCAUCAUGGGUCUGUUGUCUGACCCGAAUCGCAGGAAAGCCCUGACCAACCUCUUGACCCGCCUCAACGCACCCAUAUGUAUGGUGUGCUACCUGGCGGCCAUCGUGUGGUUCAUGGGUCUGGCGUUUGAGCCCUUCACACUGCGCACGUACAUGUCCGAGAACGCCAUGGGCUCCACUAUGGUGGAGGAGCGCUUCUCCUCCGGGGAACGAGCGCUGUCUCUCGCCAAGGAGUUCGAUGCUCACAAAAGAAAGGCGGGUGGGAUGCCGGUGGAGUGGUUAGUUAAAGCGAUGCAAGCCAGAGGACUGGAGGUGUUCACUCAGAGCUUCUCCCGUAAGCUGCCCUUCCCUGACGAGAACAAAGAAAGAUAUAUGGUUCGAGGCACGAAUGUGUAUGGGAUCUUGCGAGCUCCUCGCGCUCCUCGGACAGAGGCUCUGGUCAUCACAGCUCCCUGCAGUCCUGGAAACAGCGACAACCAGGCGGUCGGUCUUCUGCUGGCGCUCGCGCAGUAUUUCAGGAACCAGAUUUUCUGGGCCAAAGACAUCAUAUUCUUGGUGAAUGAGCAUGAUUUGAUCGGUAUGCAGGCCUGGCUGGAAGGCUACCACCACACUAACAUCACAGGAAUGGAGUACUCGCCGCUGCAGGGUCGCGCAGGGUCAAUCCAAGCUGCCCUCUCAUUGGAGCUCAGCAGUGAUGUCAUUACCAGCCUGGACCUGAUUUUAGAAGGACUUAACGGUCAGCUGCCCAACCUGGACCUAGCCAACCUCUUCUAUGCCUUCUGUCAGAAGUUAGGAGUCUUGUGCACCAUUCAGGGAAAGCUCCAGAGGAAUGACUGGGACACGGCUGAGGGCUACACUCACGCGGCUCAGACCAUGAUGCUGAUGGUGUUGAAACAAGCUUGCGGACGGUCCUGGGGAGAUCACGGCCUCUUCCUCCGCUAUCACAUCGAAGCCGCUUCUAUUCGAGGCAUCAACGGUUUCAGACACUACAAGAUGGACGUGGCCACCAUUGGCAGGUUGCUGGAGGGAAUGGUCCGUAAGCUCAACAAUCUCCUGGAGCGUCUUCACCAGUCGUAUUUCUUCUACCUCUUGCCUUCUCUCUCUCGGUUUGUCUCCAUUGGCUACUAUAUGCCGGCGUUUGGCCUCCUGGCUGUCAUCUUACUGCUUCGAGCGCUGGAUCUCUGGGUUAAUCUGGGAGCACCUGCUCUGGAAGCAGUGGAUGGAGUUACUGAAGCAGAGCAACCGUCUGGUCCGGGCGUGUUGACCGUGUUGACCCCAGUGGUGAUCAGUCACCUGACAGGUGUGGCGCUGUAUCUGCUUCCUGUUCAUCUGCAGGAAAUGGCUGUGGAGCACUUCCCGGUGUCUGAAACCGAAGCUGUGGUGCUCACUGCUGUAGCCAUCUACACCGCAGGCCUAGCCCUGCCGCACAACACACAGCGGUUGCUGUCUGGAGAGGGCACAGAGCAGGGCUGGAAAGUGCUGAAACUUACGGCUUUGCUCUAUCUAGCUGUGCUGUUGGGCUGCACAGCCCUCAUUAACUUCUCUCUGGGAUUCGUCUUAGCCGUUACACUGGUGCCGAUCACCGCCAGCAUGACGCCGCACAUGCCCAAAGCUCUGAGCGCUCUGGCCAUGGUGCUGCUCAGUCCUGCCUUCACCAUCCUCUACUGCGUCUUCAUCUACCAGGAGCUCAUCGAAGCGCCUGUCAGCGUCGGCGAGGGCUGGAUGCUCUUCCUCUCGGUCAUCUCGCAGGGCAUUCUUGAUCACGCUCUCUACGGAUCACUCGUAUAUCCACUCUUAGCCCUUUUCAUUUAUCCCUGCUGGCUAAUGUUCUGGAACAUUCUUUUCUGGAGUUAACCGUUCUCAAAUGUCUCGAGUAGCUUCCGAUGGAGCUGUUUUUAAAAGAAUGCCAAUCAUGAAGAUUUAUUGUCCAUCUGUGGGCUUUAUCUGCUGUUAGGGGUUGGCGUUGGGAAGAUCUAGGACGAUGUCAGGCCCAAAGAAAGGUCAGAUAAAAAGGAUUUAAUGGUGUGGCUUCAGAGUACUUUAAUCCAAGUGUUUGAGUUUUGGGGAAGGGGUUUGCAUGAAGACACAUGUAGGACAGAAAUAAUGAAUUAUUACAAGAAAGCAGAAAUGUUCAAAUUCAAUAUUGUUACCAGAUGUGUGGACAUAAUGGUUCAUUUUUUACCUUAUUAUAGUUUGCGCAGUUUGGCAUUUUGAACUCUGGGGUUACUGGAAGCUUAUAUUUAAUAUGGUUUUAUAUUCGUAAUUGUACAAAAUGAUUGUUUGUUAACUCAACUGAAAUCACAAAAGGCAGAAACGAGAAGAACACUCGACCUUAAAGAGCAAGUUUCCAAGACUUUGAUGCAUUAUUCAGUUUGUUUCAGGCAACACUGUAUUCAUAUGCCCUGAUGAAUUAUGCACAUAGGUCUUUGAUUAUUAAAUGUGAAUAAAAUAUAAAAGUUU